AUGAAAUUCCCACAUCCUGAUUCUCGAAUAUUGCCUCAUCAAAUAUUAUGCAGUGCUGCACCACUUAAUUUAACAUCAAUGGAACUAAAAAGGGUUGUCGGUUCGCUUGUUGGUCUCGCCGUUGGUGAUGCACUUGGAGCUAGCGUUGAAUUUCGUCCUCGACAAUAUCUUGUUGAUCAUCCUGUAAAAGACAUGGAAAGUGGAGGCACAUGGGGUCUUCGAGCUGGUCAGUGGACAGAUGACACUUCCAUGGCUUUAUGUCUAGCUUCAUCACUCAUCACUCAACAUCGUUUUAAUUCUUACGAUCAAAUGGUACGCUAUAAGUGGUGGUAUAAAAAAGGUUUUCUCUCAUCAACUGGCGAAUGUUUUGAUAUCGGUACAACUACUCGAGCUUCACUUGAUGAAUUUUCUCGUCGACAAAAUAUUCUCAAACAAUAUUUUCGAGGCAUGAAGGAUGAUGACAUCGAUCACUUGUCGUUAGAGCAAGUUAGAAGUGUGCACAAUUUUAAUGAAUAUUGUGGUGUAUCAGGACAAGCUGGUAAUGGUGCACUAAUGCGUCUUGCUCCUGUACCUCUAUUUUACUUUCGACAACCGAAGAACGCUAUUAGAUAUGCAGGUGAAAGUGCUUGCCUUACUCAUGGUGAUCAAAAAGCAGUUGACGCUUGCCGUUAUUACGCAGCUCUUAUCGUCGCUGCAAUCCAUGGAGAAUCAAAACAGCAACUAUUAAAUGAGCAAUUCUACGAAAAGCAUAAACAAUGGUUUGGAUCUGUGAAACUUCACGAUGAAGUUCUACGUGUAGCUCGAGGAUCGUACAAAAAACAGGGCGGCUAUAAAGAUGGCAUUCGAGGAAAAAGUUAUAUUAUCAGUACGUUAGAAGCUGCUCUCUGGGCAUUUUGGUCCGAUGAAAACUCUUUUGAAAGAGGUGUUCUUAAAGUUAUUAAUCUUGGUGAUGAUACUGAUACAACCGCUGCCGUAUAUGGUCAAUUGGCUGGUGCAUACUAUACUGUAUCAGGUAUUCCCAGACGCUGGGGUCAAAAACUGUAUGCCAAUAGCUUAAUUAUUGACGUCGCUGAAUGCCUUUACGUCGAAGGAAGCCAAAGUAGAAAUGAUACGGUUCAACAACACCCACCGGCAAAAAGCCAAAUUACAACGCAGCAUCAGAAUCAAUCGACAAUACCAAAAUCACAAUUUAAUCAACAGCAUGAUUCUUACAAAUUGAAUCAGCAAACUUUAUAUGGAGAUUAUAAGGAUCGCAUAGGCUAUGAUAUUCUAUCUAAACAACCACGAUCUCAAUCACUUCCUGCUACUCAUUCGCACACGAAAAAUUCGUAUGGUCGACGACAAAAAAAAAGACUAGAUCCUAGCAUUUUACCACCUGCUGGUGUACCUAGUGGUUAUUAG